AUGGACCAAAAAAUUCUUCUACUGCUUGAUAAUGCUGUCUCUCACUUUGAUCCAAAUGAAGAAUAUACUAAUCAAGAUAAAGCUGGUUUUGGUUUUGAAAAUAAAGAUGUUGAAUUGAGUAAUAGUAUUGGUUCAUCCUCUAAGGCAUCUAGCAAAAAACGUACAUCAAAUAAAAAACAAAACAAGCGCAAAAAACAAAAUCAGCAGA